UUGCUGCUUUGACCAUGGCAUGGUGGUUGAAGUCAGACAGCAGCUCUGGCCUUCACUCACUCUAUUCUUUAAAGGUUAAUCAUUUUCCAGAUAAAAUCCUUGCUUCCCUGCCUACAUGUGCCAUUAUUUUAAGGCCGAGUUUCUCAACCUGGGCUCUCUCAGUGCUGUGGCUGGGAUAAUUCAUCGUCGUGGGGGCUGCCCUGUGCAUUGUAGAAUGUUUAGCAGCAGCCCUGGCCUCUGCCCACAGGAUGCCAGUAGCACCCCGCACUCCCUCCCCCAUUGUGACAACCGAAAGUGUUCCCAGUUAUUGCCAGAAGUCCCCUCGGGAGCAGAAUCACUCCUGAUUGUGAAUCACUGUUCUAAGGGGUAUUAGUUACUCUGUAACGUGCUACACAACCAUUCCCACUUUUCUGGGAGAGGCUUUAUUUAAUGUAACUUGGUUCUUUUCAAGACAGGUGACUUGGUAAGUGUGUGAUGUACACUGUGGAACUUUCUCUAUGAAUAACUUCAUAAAGCAGGAGGGAGGGUGUAGCUCAGGGGUAGAGUGUAUACCUAGCAUGCCUGAGGUCUGAGGUUCAAUCCCCAGUACCUUCAUUUAAAAAAAAAUACUAAUUACUCCCCCCCAAAAAAGUUAGAUUUCUUAAAAAAUAAAAAGCAAGAAAAAUACAAGUUGUUAAAAAAAAAUAAAUAGAUCAGAAUAAACAUCCCUUGUCAGGUCACGUAUACUAAUCUGGUCAUCACAUUAAGUCAGUCUUUUAAGGUGAAAAAGCAGCAACAAGCAAACAAACCAACCCUGCCAUAUUCUUCCCCUAGCGUGUGGCUGAUUUAUGUACCAGAAAUGCAGGUAGUGGCACUGCCAUUGGCAGCCACCGUUGCCCGCAGGGCCAUCCCGGCCCUUGCCUGGACAGUGGCUGGUGGGCAGCAGUCGGGGAGGGAAGCAGCAGGGGAGGAUCUGGUUCUGGUGGGACCGGAUGCUUCUGUAAUGUGAGGAGUCCUCUUUAAGAAAAAGACAAAAGAACCAGGUGAACAUCUUGCUAGGGCCUUGGAAGGGGCGCUAAGGUUUCAGUUUCCUUAGCUUCAGGUGAAGCUGCCUCUGGAAAACGUUUUGAGAAGUGGGAGGACAGCCGUGGCUGCAGGAACAGGAAAGCAGAGGCUUUCUUCUCUCCGUGACUGGGAAGGAGACUCGCUCUGAAAGAUGCCGCAUUCCUGCAGCCUCUCUGGGUCCAGCAGAACACAGUCUUAUUCAGGGUGGCGUGGAUGACGGGGUGACAGAGGAUGCUGCUCACGUCGGAAGCCUCUGGAGGAUCCUGGCUGGGCAGCUCAGCUGCUCUCGGGUUUGGGACUUCAAAAGUGUAACUUGGUACAGAGCUCAUGAAAGGUGCUUGGAUUUCUCCAGCUUUCUUUACUAAUGCUCAGCAGACUGGUUUGGGUUUCAGAAUCUAAGGGAGCUGGUGAAAAGGAGAGCUGGCAGAGAGGUGGAAAGAAAUCCCUAUGAGCCUCCAGAACCAUUGUUGGAAUCCCAACAUACUACUCGGGACACAGCCUUUAUCAGGCCAGAGGCUGUGAUACCACUGAGCUUUGGACCAUCGAAAGUAAAGGAACACAGCUCAGCCCCAGCUCAGCAACAGCUCUGCAUUUCAGCUAGAAGGAACUUCUUUUAACAAAGAAUUUAAAGGGGAGAGUUUCUGCAUCUUUACCUUGUGGUCCAUCAUGACAGAAAACGUUACGUUCACGUAGAUAACGAGGCUGGAUUUUCUUUCCAAGAUGCUAUAUUUGAAAGAAUCAUGAGCCACUCUAAGUUUCCAGGAAGGCGCAGGUUACGUAGGAGUUGUUGGACAGUCUUCCCAGUGCAGGUUAAGAAAUUAGUCUGAGCCUCCAGCUUCUGCAGCUCAGCGAGUAUGGACAUGUGCCACUCUUGUCUCCAGAGAACUGGUGGCAGUGACAUCACCCAGAGAAAAAGCAUCUCUCAGCUUCGGGACUUGACAGAAUGAGGCUUGCUGGGGAAGCCACUAACUGGGACUUGUCCUUUCCUGACUGCCCCUUUGUCCCACGGGCAGCCCCUGACCACUGAGCCAACGAUGGCUGAGAAGGGCGACUGCAUUGCCAGUGUCUAUGGGUAUGACCUUGGCGGGCGCUUUGUUGACUUCCAACCCCUGGGCUUUGGCGUCAACGGGCUGGUGCUGUCAGCCGUGGACAGUAGGGCCUGCCGCAAGGUGGCCGUGAAGAAGAUCACCCUAAGCGAUACCCGCAGCAUGAAGCACGCGCUCCGGGAGAUCAAGAUCAUCCGGCGCCUGGACCAUGACAACAUCGUGAAGGUGUAUGAGGUCCUGGGGCCCAAGGGCGCCGACCUGCAGGGUGAGCUAUUCAAGUUCAGUGUGGCCUACAUCGUCCAGGAGUACAUGGAGACCGACCUGGCACGCCUGCUGGAGCAGGGCACGCUGACUGAGGAGCAUGCGAAGCUCUUCAUGUACCAGCUGCUUCGAGGCCUCAAGUACAUCCACUCCGCCAACGUGCUGCACAGGGACCUGAAGCCCGCCAACAUCUUCAUCAGCACGGAGGACCUCGUGCUCAAGAUCGGGGACUUCGGGUUGGCGAGGAUCGUUGACCAGCAUUACUCACACAAGGGUCACCUGUCGGAAGGGUUGGUAACGAAGUGGUACCGCUCGCCACGCCUGCUUCUCUCCCCUAACAACUACACCAAGGCCAUCGACAUGUGGGCCGCCGGCUGCAUCCUGGCCGAGAUGCUCACGGGGCGCAUGCUCUUUGCUGGGGCUCAUGAGCUGGAGCAGAUGCAGCUCAUCCUGGAGACCAUCCCCGUGAUCCGGGAGGAAGACAAGGACGAGCUGCUCAAAGUGAUGCCCUCCUUCGUCAGUAGCACCUGGGAGGUGAAGAGGCCAUUGCGCAAGCUGCUCCCUGAAGUGAACAGUGAAGCCAUCGACUUUCUGGAGAAGAUCCUCACCUUUAACCCCAUGGACCGCCUGACUGCCGAGAUGGGGCUGCAGCACCCCUACAUGAGCCCCUACUCUUGCCCCGAGGACGAGCCCACCUCGCAGCACCCAUUCCGCAUCGAGGAUGAGAUUGACGACAUCCUACUGAUGGCCGCCAAUCAGAGCCAGCUCUCCAACUGGGACAGGUACCCCGUGAGCCUGUCUUCGGACCUGGAGUGGCGGCCCGACCGGUGCCAGGAUGCGAGCGAGGUGCAGCGCGACCCGCGCGCGGGCUCGGCGCCGCUGGCGGAGGACGUGCAGGUGGACCCGCGCAAGGACUCGCAGAGCAGCUCGGAGCGCUUCCUGGAGCAGUCGCACUCGUCCAUGGAGCGCGCCUUCGAGGCCGACUACGGGCGCUCCUGCGACUACAAGGUUGGGUCGCCGUCCUACCUGGACAAGCUGCUGUGGCGCGACAACAAGCCGCACCACUACUCGGAGCCCAAGCUCAUCCUGGACCUGUCCCACUGGAAGCAGGCGGCCGGGGCGCCCCCCACCGCCGCGGUGGCCGCGGUGGCGCCAGACGCCGGGGCGCAUGACGAUGAGCCGGCCAGCCUCUUCCUGGAGAUCGCGCAGUGGGUCAAGAGCACGCAGGGCGGCCCGGAGCGCGCCAGCCCGCCCCCCGACGGCCCUGAGCGCCGCCGGACGGCCUCCCCACCCGGCCGCUCCGCCCCUGUCGACGGGGGCGCCAGCCCCCAGUUCGACCUCGACGUGUUCAUCUCCCGCGCCCUGAAGCUCUGCACCAAGCCCGAGGACCUGCCAGACAACAAACUGGGCGACCUCAACGGCGCGUGCAUCUCUGAGCACCCUGGCGAUCUCGUGCAGACUGAAGCCUUCUCCAAAGAAAGGUGGUGAGGGCCGAGGGGGCGCUCCAGGCCAUCCUGGAGAUUAUGCCGGGAAAGCCGGGCCUGGCAGGAGGGGGCUGCCUCCUUGGCACUUCCACUACCCCAUCUGCCCCUCUCUGCUGCCUUGGGGUUAGCAGAACAUAAGAAGGAUCCGAGGAGCGAGAGGAAUGUCCAUUUCUUAAACUGCCUUAAUAACUAGCCUUUAACCUCUGGGAGCAGGUUUGAACAGGAGCCUAGUUUGGGGGUUGAUCCUUUUCCCAGCAAAGAAGAGGCCCUUGCGUUUUUUUAAAUAGUGGUGCACAGGGAAGAAACAUGUCUUAAACAGCAGUCUGCAGGCCCCACCUGGGUGGCUGUGGGCAGAGGAAUCUUGCAGGCAUGGUGUUGAAACCGUCUGGCCCAGCUAGGCUCAACUGGCUGAUGAGGAAGGACAGUGAGGCGCAGAGGCAAAGUGACUUGCUUAUAAGAUCAGGGCCUAGUCAGUGUCUGGGCAAGCCUUGACUCCCAGUCUCCUGGCCCCCAGGUCGGUGUCUGUCCACAAUACAAUGUCUUCCUCUACUGGGAUCACUCUGGCUUUGUGGUCAGAAAACUUGGUCCAAGAGGUUUCUUCCCUGUCUGUUACCAUCUGACCCACUCCCUGUGCUUUUUAUUCAGAGCAAUGUCCCUUGAAUUAUGAAAUUAGAAACUGAGCCAGUUUCUUUCGCUUCUUCACCAAGCAUAUUUUUUUUCUGGCGCCUCAAGUAUUUAAAUAUUCCCAUCUGCCUCUCCCCCGUAGGAUUUGCCUCACUCCUGUGUGGUCUGAAAUCUGGGUUUCAGACCAGACCAGUUUGGGGUCUGUGGGUAAAAUAACUCGUUCUCCCAGGCCUGGGCACCCACCUUCUCCAGAACUUCCUAUGCACUUUCCUGACACACGCGCAGACACAAAGACAUAGCUCUGGUUCCCGAGGGAACUUCAGACACGGGUGAGUUUGAAGACAGCAAUUCCAAGAACCCCUCCAGCCUGCCCACCCACCCCCCAUACACACACCCCCUCUCCAAGCCUACCGUGAGAACUAAUGUUCUCAGCACGAAUUGCUCACUUGGAGGACAGCAAUGAGGUGCCUGCCACAGAGCAGAUGCAUUAGGGGAGAUUCACCCACGGCCCAUCCGGCUUCAUUAAUACUGCCCCUGAUUCUGAUCAUCCACUUAACCCUGGCACAGAGCAGGCCCUGAAGAAAUGCAUUGGAGAGCAAGGGGUUUUGGGGACAAGGAAUCCAGAAAAGUGGGAGGGUAUGAAAGGUGGGGUGCCAACAGCGAGGGCCCUGAGGGGUCAGGCACCAGCAUGGGGACCCCACGACAGAAGAAAGGACUCGAGACCACCAUGUCCCUCAUAGCUGCAGCCUGGAUGAGUUUGGAGCAGGCAAACCCAGAGCCGCCCUAGCACACACAGCCUGGGGCCAUCAGGUGUGGGCACAGCAGGCCCCCUGCAGAAGCAUAGAGACCAGUCCCUUGGAAAUGCUCUGCCAUCCCCACCACUGGCUCUCCCCGAAGAUGCCCACAGGAGGUCCAGCCAGUCUGUAAACAGAGGAUUCCCCUGUGUUUAUCCUAGGCUGUGUUCACCCUCACCUCAACAGCACCUUAAAUCUAAUCAGCUAACUAGGAUUUGUACAGUGAAACCUGCAACAUGUUAGAAACUUAUAUUUAAAGACAAUUAAUCAUACUCACCAGUUUUUAAAUGGCAAAUAUGUAAAUAUGAAGUGUUUGGGUUUUGUUUGUUUUUUUUUAAAAGAAAAGGAAAUGUACACCGCUCCUCAUGUGCCAUUUGUCCUCAGAGGGUGGUUUUACUUUUUUGGUAAAGGAACAAGCUUCUGAUCUUGACCAGAAGUUCAUAUAUAAUUGUUAUUACAGAGGAAUUGCUAUGACUACUCAUGUUUUAAAAAAAUCUAUUAAACGUUAUUACACUUGAUCGGGAUGGGCCAAAUAAAGUUUUAUUGGAACAGA